AUGCCCAACACUAAAACUUUCUUUGAUAUCACUGUCGAUGGCAAGCCCCUCGGAAAAAUCGUCUUUGAGCUAUACGACGAUGUAGUUCCCAAAACUGCUGAAAACUUCCGUGCUCUCUGUACUGGCGAGAAGGGCUUUGGUUACAAGUCUAGUGGCUUCCAUCGUGUCAUUCCCAACUUUAUGCUCCAAGGUGGUGAUUUCACCAACCAUAACGGCACUGGCGGUAAAUCCAUCUAUGGCGAGAAGUUCAAGGAUGAAAACUUCAAGAUCAAGCACACUGAGCCUGGAUUGUUGUCCAUGGCUAACGCUGGCCCCAACACCAAUGGUUCUCAAUUCUUCAUUACCACUGUUCCCUGCUCUUGGUUAGAUGGCAAGCACGUUGUCUUUGGCAAGGUCAUCGAAGGCAUGAACAUUGUCAAGCAAAUUGAAGCUUUGGGUUCUGACUCUGGCAAGGUCAAGUCAAAGAUCGUCAUUGCCGACUGUGGUGUACAAUAA